UCACAACCAAAAUGUCAGAAUAUAUCCCACUGGAAGUUCAAGAGGAGAUACUGAAAAGGCUUCCUGUAAAGCCAUUGAUUCAAUUCCGAUCGGUCUCGAAACAAUGGAGGUCUUUCAUCGACAGCCCCGACUUUAUUGCUUCUUACGGUGUCCGCCAAACUCACCCGAAUCGUCUGAUUUUAAGGUACAAACAUAUUAUUAACCCUCUUCAUGGUGAGGAAAGAUAUUUAGCAUUUGUUGAUAAUGAUCAUAGUUUUAUCAAACAAGAUAUUACUCCCGCUGUUCCUGGCCUCAUUAAGGAUAUCGAAACCAAUUCAAUUGUAGUCGGUAGCUCUCACGGUUUGUUGUGCGUUAACAGUUAUUAUAAAUUUGGAGAUGGUUAUCCAUAUGAUGGAACAGAGAUAGUUGUUCUUUGGAAUCCUUCAAUCAAUAAAUCCAUCGGUAUCGAAGUUCCAUAUAUGCAUGAUUUGUCGGUUUUUGUUAGUGAUGUUACUGGUUUUGGGGUUUGUCCUGUCACUUUUGAUCCUACUAUAGUCAAGAUUGGAUAUGGCUUUCACUCCCCUUGGAAAGUUGAAAUUUUUACUUUGAGCACCGGGACAUGGAGGAUUCUAUCUACCAAUCUUCCCCGCGAAUCAAUUAGAGAUUUGGAAAAUUGGUCUCAGGUUGUUAUCGAUAGGUUUAUCUAUUGGGCUGCUGUCAAUUUGUUUGUUGCUGAAGAUGAUCCAUCUCGGUUUUGGAUCAUCUCAUUUGAUUUGACUGCUAAAGAAUUUAAAGAGAUUAAUCUUACAGGUACUUUAACAAACCAGCUUUUUAGUAUACAGGGUAUAUCUAAACUACGGGGGUCUCUUGUUGUGCUUUCAUAUCAUGGAGAGUUUGAGGAAGACCCGUCUGUUUGUUGUCUAUGGAUGAUGAAGGAGCAAGGUAUCAGUAAAUCGUUUACAAAGCUAUACACCAUUAACCUACCAGAUGCCACGGUAAAGACAUUACUAGGAUUUAGGAAGACCGGUGAUCUUAUACUGGAAACACAACACCAAAAUGAAGAAAAUGCCCAACUUGAAGUCUACAAUCCCUACUCUAAAGCCAUUGAUAAUCUCGGGGUUGAUGGAAAAUAUUAUUCAGUCUUUAUGUGUUAUAUGGUAUCACUGCUUUUGCAUGAUCAGUUAGAUGGUUUUAUAUAUACAAUCAGUAACUGAUUACAUAUAGAUGAUCACAUUAAAAGAUGUGUGUAAUUCAACCAAGUGAUGUACUAUACCACGGAUGGACCGUUUGUCAUUAGUCAAGGUAUAAUAAAUUGCUUUCAUCUUGUAUAA